UUCCCUGCAGUAGUUUGUGUCUCUGCCCCUUCCACAUUGGGGGGAUCUCCCUGCAGUAGUUUGUGUCUCUGCCCCUCCCACAUUGGGGGAUUUCCUGCAGUAGUUUGUGUCUCUGCCCCUCCCAUAUGGGGGGAUUUCCCUGCAGUAUAGUUUGUAUCUUUGCCCCUCCCAUAUUGGAGGGAUUUCCCUGCAGUAGUUUGUGUCUCUGCCCCUCCCACAUGGAGGGGAUUUCCUGCAGUAGUUUGUGUCUCUGCCCCUCCCACAUUGGGGGGAUUUCCUGCAGUAGUUUGUGUCUCUGCCCCUCCCAAAAG